AUGGGAGCCGCUAUAUCAGUGAGCGUCCAACUCCAUACAUCAGCGAGGCACGCGUUAAGCGAAAAAAACAAAGCGACCGAUCCCAUAUCAGCGACGGAAUGGUUUUCAAAAUGCCAUCAGAUUAACGUGCUUGACUCCACAAUCAACUACUAUGAUUCCGCUCCCGAGAGUAAAACAGAUAAAGUAGUGAUAUUACUUCAUGGUAAUCCAACAAGCUCGUAUAUUUGGAGAAACAUUGUUCCCCAUAUUCAAGAUGAAUAUCGUUGCAUUGCGCCCGACUUGAUAGGAAUGGGUGGAUCUGGAAGAUUGUGUCAGAGUGCGUACAGAUUUCAAGAUCACUACGAGUACAUUGAGGCCUGGAUUAACAAGAUGAUGUUACCAGAUAGAGUGACAAAGGGUGAAGGCGAUUGUACACACAGAAAGCUUAGUUAUGCCAGCAACCUCGUGGAAACAGUGGCCAUUAAUGCAUAA